AUGAGCGCCCAGAGCCACGUCACGCCGACCUCGUCAUGGCAAGAUCGACUCGAUCAAGCACUGUCCGGCCCCGGCCCCGGCCCCGGCCCGGCUUCGACAGCUGAGCUCGAAGCGCUCGUCAGCGAGUUGGAGCGGCAUGCUCAGGCGAUACAGCGACAAGACGGCCCAUCUUCACUCGAGGUAGGCCCUCAUCGUAUGAAAACCCUAAUCAACACCGCUGACUUGGCCCUACUUGAACCAGCACACCCCCUUUGAUGAUCCUUUCCCGCCCUUGCUCCUCCUCACCCCUUUACUCGCUCUCCCCGCCGACUCUGCAAAGGCACAACUCGCACAAGAAGCAAUCGAUCUGUUUGCAUCUCAUGCAAGUGCCAAAGAAGUGGUCGUCGCGUUGGAGGAAAGAAUCGCCCAAGUUGGUCAAGCCAGUCAGGAGCAACGGCCCGACGAUGAAGAUUCUGAAUCCGGGAACGAGAACGAGGAACAUGUGCGGGACCCAUCAUCCCAUUCACAACUCAGAGAGAUCGUCGCACUUGUCGAUACAUAUGCUCACGGUAUGUCCGGGAAUGUGUUCCUUUGUCUGCAGUCGCUGACUAUCCCUUGUCCCGAUAUCAACGAGCGUAGUCUUUCCUCGAAUCAACACGGCUAAACCGGCACGCUUCCUCGAGACUGCCACCGCCUCGGUAACGUCCAUCCUCCGAAUUCACUGCACCAUCCAUCCUGUAACAGCAUCAGAGGCGGCCGUAUUGGCCAAGAUGGUCGUUGAUUUCACCGAGACGAUCAUCACCAAAACUACGUGGUCUGAUACGCAGCAGCAAGAGGUGGAUUGUUUCCAACGUGGCUCAAGACCCAACGUCACAUGACUCCUACUGACUCCGAACCGUAUCAACAGUGCCACGUCCUCCUUCGAUCCCACCUAUUCGAAACCGCUUUCAAUCUUGCCCUUUUCUUCCCCGCUUCCCUCGCCGAGACCUAUUUCUACUCCCAAUUCCCGCACCGACGAAUACCUCAUCGAGCAAGACCGACCCUCGACCCUCUCGUCCAACAAGCUUGGUCCACUUUGAUCGACUUUGUCCGUGAUAGAUUCUACCUCGAACUUGCGCAACUCUUCGCGUUGGCUCCCUCGAAUCGAGGAGUGUUCGAGUUGUUCAUUCAGGUACUCGCUCGUGAUCCUGAGGAUAGAGUUUGGGUGAAGACGAUGGGCGAAGAUCCUGAGGAAGACCUCAACAAUGGGGUAUACUCAAGACUCCUUCGAAAGACGUUGGGUCUUUUGAUCGGUAUCGCGAGGGAAGGGUCCAGCGGCCAAGGACGGGUCGACGAGGCCUUGUUCUGGCUUUGGUGGUGCGUUCAAGGGGCUGCACAGGAAGGCGAGGUGGUGGAUGAAGAGGUCGUGUUCCCUCUGGUCGAAGUACGUCCUAUCACAUCUGUACAAGGAUUGUGAAGCAGAUGUAUUGAUGCACACUCUCCUGCCGUUCCAUCCCAAUCAGAUCAUCAGCACCCUCACAUCCCUCUCUCCCUCCCCCUCCAGGCGCUUCAUCGCUUUUUCCCUCUUAACAACCCUCAUACUCGACCUCGUCCCAACCGAAGCGACGCAAAUACUCAGCCUCAAAGACUUGAUCGAGACUUGUCCCUACCCGAGUCUUCGGUCCGCUUCGAUUGGGAUCUUGAGGCAAGUGAUGUUGCGUAAGUUUGAUGAGGUCGACAAAGUUCGGAAUGAGAUCGAGCAGGAAAAAGAGGGGCUCUGGCUCUCACCUCUCCUCUUGAUCGAGUUUGAGGAGCUUUUCAAAAUCGGACCCUUCGAUUUGGACAAAUCCGAAGAAGCAGACGAGGAUCGAACCCAGACGAUUCAUGAACAACUUUUGCUAUUAUACCUCCUUCUUUCGCGGGACGAAACGGAUCGAACGGGAAUUUGGAAAGGGUUUGCGAAAGUCGAGGAGGAUCUUUUAAAGCCCUUGAGGACGAGGAUGGCGAGAGAAGAGGAGGGAGGUAUUCUUGGAUGGGGUGUGUUGGAAGUUGGGCUGGAGAGGGUUGAUACAGUCGUUGAGGGACGGGGAAAGAGGAUUGAACAAGGGGCUAUUUCGGUGCCCGGGGGUGGGGGUACUUUUUGA